AUGGCGGCACUGCCGCCGGGCCAGGGCCUGGGCCCCGCCGAGCCGCCGGGCCUCCCGCAGCUGCAGAGCCUCAACCUCAGCGGCAACCGGCUGCGCGAGCUACCCGCCGACCUGGCGCGCUGCGCGCCGCGCCUGCAGACCCUCAACCUCACGGGCAACCGCCUGGACGCCUUCCCCGCCGAGCUCUUCCGUCCCGGCGCGCUGCCGCUGCUCAGCGAGCUGGCGGCCGCCGACAACUGCCUCCGCGAGCUCAGCCCCGACAUCGCGCACCUGGCCUCGCUCAAGACGCUGGACCUCUCCAACAACCAGCUCAGUGAGGUCCCAGCGGAGCUGGCCGACUGCCCCAAGCUCAAGGAGGUCAACUUCCGGGGGAACAGGCUGACGGACCGGCGGCUGGAGAAAAUGGUGCAUGGCUGCCAGACCAAGUCCAUCCUGGAGUACCUGCGCAGCGGAGGCCGGGGCGGCGGGCGGGGCAAGGGCAAGGCGGACGGCCCGGAGAAGGAAGAGGCCCGCAGGAGACGGCGCGAGAGACGGAGGAGGGAGAGUGUCGAGGGGGAGGAGGAGGAGGUGGACAACGCCAGCAGACUGCUGCUCCGGGUCCUGCAUGUGUCUGAGAACCCCGCCCCGCUGACCGUGCAGGUCAGCCCCAUGGUCAAGGACGUCCGGCCGUUCAUCGUGGGAGCCGUCGUGAGAGGCAUGGACCUGCAGGCUGGGAACGCCCUCAGACGGUUCCUCACCUCCCAGACGAAGCUUCACGAGGACGUGUGUGAGAAGAGGACGGCAGCCACCAUCGCGACCCACGACCUCCGGGCCGUGCGCGGGCCCCUGCUCUACACUGCCCGCCCGCCGCACGACCUCAAGAUCGUGCCCUUGGGGCGCAAAGAAGUCAAGGCUAAGGACCUGGUGCGGCAGUUACAGCUGGAGGCCGAGGAGCACAGGAAGCAGAAGAAGAGGCAGAACGUGUCGGGCCUGCACAGGUAUCUGCACUUACUGGACGGGAAGGAGAGUUACCCCUGCCUCGUGGAUGCGGAUGGCGACGUGAUUUCUUUCCCACCGAUAACCAACGGCGAGAAGACGAAGAUUAAGAAAACAACUUCUGAUCUGUUUUUGGAAGUAACAAGUGCUACGAGUCUGCAGACCUGUAAAGAGAUCAUGGACGCCCUCGUGCUGAAAAUGGCAGAAAUCAACAAGUACACACUAGAAAAUAAAGAGGAUGGAUCACUUUCAGAUCCUGAAGCCGACGCGGCCUCUGGACAGCCUCCGGGUCCCAGCGGGAGCCCAGGUGCCAAAAAGGCCGGGAGCGCCUCACUGGUGGUGGAGCAGGUCCGGGUGCUUGACGAGGACGGGCACCUGAAGGUGGUGUACCCUUCUAAGACAGACCUGGGCCUCGCCGCUCCCCACGUGACCGUGAUCCGCUGAGCCCCGGCCGCCGGGUGCCCACCAGCUCCGCCACGCGGUCCUCAGCUGCGCCUGUUGUGCUGACGUUAAGUUAUUCGUUACGUUCUCACCCCGUGGUUUUUAAGAUCCACGCCUCUGUUCGGUUGUCUGGACGGUUCCAUCCUGACAUGGUGACGCCACAUUACCACAGACUUGAAUCGUUUUGCCUUUCCGGCACCAAACUAUUCUACUAACGCUUUCUACGAAAUUACUCAAAUAUCAGAAUUAACUGUUGAAAACGUUCUGAAAUCACACGAACACAGCAAAUACCUUUAUUCAGGGGAAAAAAGACUGAGAGGUUUGGAUAUUCAGCUCUGCGCCGGGAAGCUAGGUGACGUGCACCUCAGUGACUGCACCAGUUAUUUCCCUACAACACAGCGGCUUUUAAACCCUCACCACGCUGGCGGCGCAGCCUCGAUGUGGAGUGACGUCCUGUCCCUGGCUUGCCCCAGAUCAUCUCUUUACGAAAAAAAUAUUUUUUAGGUGACCUUAGUAUUGGCAGAAGCAUUUUUUUCUUCUUGUUGCGGCUGGAUGCAUUAGGGGAAGCGCGACAGAGUCCCCUCGUGCGGCCCCGGAGAGAGGACCAGACGUCAGAACGCGCAGCUCCGGGCUCGCGCGCAGUUCCCUGUUGCGGACCGGCCGGGACGUUCUGUCGUCAGCCAGCUAGAGGACAGACGAGGGGCGUGGCUGCGGAAGGUGAACUUUGAAGCCAGCAGCCACAGAGCGCGGCCGGGUGUGAACGGUUCUUCGGCAUUUUGUGUUUUAGGUUAUUUCCAGUUUUGAGUGUCUCGGGCCCUAGACCGUGAGUUCGCAUUUGUUUCUGCGCGCAGGUACCCCUCCCUGGCCACGGGGUAGGUGGCGUUUACUGACCUCUCUGCUUCAUGGUCUGGCGGGGUUACGAGACACUCAGCUGGCUUUUGGUAUUUAGUGACCCCGUCGGUGUCACGUCCUGUGACCUGCGAGAGAGAGUUUGUGUGUUCUGCAGACUUGGGGAGCGUUUGCAAGAGGCUCAGUGAACCCAUGCGUUUAGCCAUCAGAACCAGACGUGGGGUGGGGGGAGCUCACGGAGGCACGUGGUUCUCCCAGAGCUCGGCCAGCCCGCUUUGUAGGACCCGGCCCGGCUCUCUGGGCACCUCCUGGGCUGAAGGAGGUGGGCCAGAUGGUGGCUUUUCCUCGUUUCGUUAGCCCCAAACCUACCAAACGUCCGUGCUGGCGGCUUCGGCUUGUCAUGAGCCCUGGGCACUCAGGGCGGCGACUGCUGUGGGUGGCCUGGCUGGGGUGGGUGUGUGGGCAGGUCCUGUCAGCUGUGACCUCAGUGCCGGCCCGUUGGCUUUCUGACGCAGCUCAGCGCCGCGUGAGGUGUGCAGAUGUGUUUGACUUACCACUGGAAACCAGACAUCCUUCCUCUUUGCCGGUCCAGGCCACUAAUAAACGUCAUUUAAUAACA